AUGAGCUACCUGAAAUACCAGACCUCCAGCAAUGGAGCCUCUGCACCCACUACUACAAGCAACAAUAACUUCUCCCUAUCUUCCUCAGAACACGCCAACGCCCCUUCUUCUACUGCUGCAGGACUUCCUUUGGGGAUGCGCACACCAAGUCGUGUCAAGCGGGCGCGGUAUAACGUUGAUCCUCCAGAGGUCUAUGCCUCCGAGCAGCAGGAACAACAACAACAACAACAACAACAACAACAACAACAACAGCAACAACAACAGAAACAACAGCAGCAGCAGCAACAGCAGAGGGCAGCUAUGUCGACAUCAGUAGGCGCGGGGGGUGCAGGAACGGGAACGGGAGCAGGAGCAGGAGGUGGAGGAGUGGUACCAUCAUCGUCAUCGUAUUCACAGGGGUCGAUCCUGACAGAGCUGGAAGAGACUCGGCGGUUGGUCCGGGCGUUUGAUGCGAUUGAUACCAGUAUGACCGAAGCUAGGGACAAACUCAAGACAUUUUACAAGACGGCGGAUGAGACGAAUACAUUACUGGAUAUGUGGAUCCGUGUCCUGUCCCAGACAGAGCAUACCCAGAAGCUGCUGCAGGAUCCUGCAUGGGAGGGUCAGACCAUGGAAGAGGCACGUGACAGGGAACAUCAGGAACGAAGAGCGGCCUACCACUUGGCCAUGGAAGAAGCAACACGUCCCCAGAACACUUUUACCAACAACACCAACAUCAACACCACUCAUCAAGGCAACCCAAAAUCCUUAUCCUCUUCUACCUCCAACGCCAACAACAACAGCAGCAGCAGCAGCAGACACUUCUCCUCAAGUAUCAACAACCCCACCUCGAUUCUGAACCGCUCACAAACACAAAUGAUGUCCUCCUCCUCCACUACUACCAACAACAACAACAACAACAGCGGCUACAGCAACCCUCUCAAAAAAUCGUCGUCGGCACUUGCGGCGGCCGCACACGCUCACGCGUCAGCAAUUGCGGCUAACAGGAAGCGGAACCUCGCCGCUGCUGCUGCUGGCGGCGGUAGUGGCGUUGGUAAGCGUUCUUAG